AGCGUUUGUGUGUGGACCUGAGCGAGAUUUGUGUUUUCCAAAAAAAAAGAAGCGAGAUUUGUGCGUGGGUUCUUGCUUCGCCAUGUGCUACCACUCAAAACAGCACGUCUUGCUCAAGAUCGUCUCGCUGUGCCCCUCCUCCGGCGAAAUGCUUCUCUCCAAGCUUCCAAAUCCUCCCCGCCCAUGGCGCCCUCGCAGUCUAGAAACCCACCCCCGUCGCCAUCGCCAACUCCCUCUCCCCAACGUACCGGUUAUGCCUGUACCGAGAAGGCGGCAACUCCUGUCGCCCUCCGCCGCCUCCUCAGACUAUCUGUCCGAGGAUCCCGAACUUCCUCCGGCCAAGCGAUUUUCUUCGAAGAAGGCACUUGGUGAGAGCGGGAGGUGGAAGGUGGUUCCGCCCAAGACGCCCAAGCCCUCCACCCCCGACCCCCAGGAGCCGCCGUCCUGGUUCACGGUCAGGCGGCAGGCGCACGCUGCGUGGCGAAAGGUGACGUUAUUGGUCCCCAGCAGGGCAAGGAGUGUCAUCCUGCUCAAUCUGGUCGUCCUCAUAUUUGCAAGCAACAUUUCUGUUGUUAAAGAGGCGCAGAGUAUGUUGGAUCCUGACCUUUUCAAUGUCUUACGCUUCAGUAUCGCGGCCAUUCCUUUUGUGCCUUUCUUGCUGAAGUCACUGAGAGACAUGCAAGUCUUUAUUAGAGGAGUAGAACUGGGCAUUUGGGUAACCUUGGCCUUCCUAGCUCAGUCUAUUGGGUUAGUUACGGCUGAUGCUGGUCGUGCAUCUUUCAUUUCUGCACUCACAGUGAUUAUUGUCCCUCUAUUGGAUGGUAUUCUUGGUGCAGAAAUACCUAUCUAUACAUGGCUGGGAGCACUUUUAUCAAUGGUUGGUGUUGGUAUUCUAGAGUUAAGUGGUUCUCCGCCAUGUGUCGGUGAUCUUCUGACCCUCCUUAGUGCCUUUUGUUUUGCAAUUCAUAUGCUCAGAACAGAGCAUAUUUCCAGAAAUAUGAAAAAAGAUAAUUUCCUAGCGCUUGUUGGAUGUCAGGUGCUUGUUCUAGCUCUUGUGUCGGCAGCCUCGUUCAUUGUUAAACGCCUCCUUCAGAGUAUGGUACACUGGAAUUUAAAAUCACAAACACCAACACAGUUAUUCAGCAUGAUGGCAGCAUUUCCUUGGCUAGCAAUACUAUACACUGGCAUACUCUCAACUACCUUUUGUUUAUGGGCAGAGGUUGUUGCUAUGCGUGAUGUGUCAGCUACAGAAACUGCAAUAAUUUAUGGUCUUGAACCAGUUUGGGGUGCUGCUUUUGCCUGGGCAAUCCAUGGCGAGAGAUGGGGCGUUACAGGACUUAUUGGAGCUAUCUUCAUCAUAGCUGGUAGCUUGAUGGUUCAGAUACUGGGAUCAUUUCUUGAUGUAUCAGGAGAGGACAGUUACCAGAUGAAUAGUUAAUGCAUAAUUUGGUGGCUUUUCUUCAUGAUUAACUCACCAGACUUGCCAGUGGCGGCUAAGCUAUUUUUCAUAUGAUAACUGUUUUUGUAUGCUAUCAUAUGAUCAUUGCUGCGACCUAAUGUGCGGAGUAGCUAGAAUGACAGUGCAUUAAGAUCAACUACAGCUAUGGCCAGUAGCACAAGGAAUGGAGGUGGUUCAAUAGUGGCCUAACAACUUGUGGAAACAAAACCGUGGUACGCCGUGGCAUGAAAGAGCUACACCAAAUGAUGGUGUGGAUUUCUUGACUCAACACUUCGGGUAAGCUGAUUUUUUGUAUGUAGAACAUUAUGUAUCAAUGGUUCCUCAAUGUAAAUCAACCUACAUUAUAAGUUUCUUUGUACUGAUUCUGCAUGAAGCUCUAUUUCAAAGCUUUA